AUGGAUGUCCAUAUAUCGGAACAGUUCGUUGCGUCACAAUUCAAGAUGUAUGACGGGACAACGGAUCUCGAGGCCCACAUCAAGACUUUCUCGAACGCUAUGGCGUUCAGGACAGGCAAUGACGCUAUCUGGUGUCUCGCAUUUUCAUUGUCACUAGAAGGAAAGGCGCUCGAGUGGUUCAAUUAUCUUCCCUCCAAUUCUAUAGAGAAUUUCGCCGGCUUACAACGCCUAUUCAACCAGCAGUUUACCGCUAACAGUACUCAAGACCUGACAGUUUUCGAGCUGGUCACCCUGAAGCAAGGCAAGGAAGAAACGCUUAGAGCGUUCAUGGACCGCUAUCAGAAGACCGUGCGACAAGUGAAGGGCUUAAGCCUAAAACUCUCUCUGCAUUACAUCCUCCCCGCCCUCAAGCCAGGACCGUUUAAGGACAGCGGCGAUGGACGAAAUCAGGGUGGAAGAAAUGAAACUGUCAUACAGAAAGGAAAGUCAGGAGCACAAGGGGGAAAGGACGAAUGGGGGAAAAUCAGGCACUUCGGUGGGAAACCGGGAAGUCUCAAACAUAAGGAACCGCGUCGAGGACCCCGUUUCCAACAGUACACCCCCUUGAACGCUCCUAGGGAGAAGAUCCUCCGAGAAGCGCUAAGCACGAAAUUGCUCCUCGAACCCAUGAAGCGACCUACUCCGCCAGGCGCAGACGGAACCAAACACUGUCUGUACCACAAAAACAUGGGUCACACUACCGAAGAGUGUGUGACCUUGAAAGACAAAAUUGAAGAGCUAAUCCGGGCGGGACAACUGAAACAGUACGUUCGAGUUGAUCGCCCCCCGACACCCGCGGAACGACCUAGCCCGCGGCAUGCUUAUAGGCACAAAAGGUCUGGAAGUAAUCGGAUCGAUCGCCCACGCUCGAAGCAGCGAUGA